AUGACGGAGAACAAAAGCGGUGAAGUGGUCCUAACAAUCCCCGGAGAAGAGAAAGAAGCGAAACAUGCGACCUUUGGAGCACCGAGAGAUGCAAAACCGAGAGGUGUUCCCGAAUCACCUCAUAGAAAGUCUGUUGAUUCAUAUCCUGAAAAUGCAUAUUUCAUGCCAAGCCCUAACAGGCCUCCUAAAAUCCCCAAUCCUGAAACCCUAACCAGGCGAAAAACCUUAGCAAGAUCGAUUUACUCCAAGCCCAAAUCAAGGUUUGGUGAACAACCUUUAAUUGAUCACAACAUGUUCGAUGAAAUGCAUGAACCAGUAGGCCAGACCUCAAACUCGCCCAUGAGGAUAUCAGCUCGAGCCUCCCCUAGAGUAGCAGGCAAUACUACUACUGCUUCUCCAGCUGCUACACCAAGAACUUUGUCCAUAACACCAAAGACUCCAUUAAUGGCAUCACCUGGAGGUGCAGGGGGAGAUGAGAGUGAUAACGAGGAAGAGAUUUAUAAGAAGGUUAACAUACGAAAGCAGUUAAAGCUUAAAAGGGUGAAGCUGAAAGUACUAUUUCAAUGGGUAGUAUUACUUUUUCUUGUGGGUUGUAUAGUUGCUAGCUUAACGAUUCACAAGUUGGAAGAAUACAAGAUAUGGAGCUUGGAGUUAUGGAAGUGGUUUGUGCUUAUAACAGUGAUCAUUUGUGUUCUUGUUACUUGGACAUCACUGUUUAAUAGCAAACACGUUGGAAGAUCAAAAAACGCAGCCAAGGUUUUGGAUUACUUGACAUGGACCAUUGUUGCCUUAUUAGUGGGUUCAAUCUUGUGGCUUUUAAAGACUUUCUUGCUCAAGAUUCUUGCAACUUCAUUCCACGUCAGCAAUUUCUUUGAUAGAAUUCAAGAAUCAAUCUUUCUUCAGUAUGUUCUCCACACCCUUUCAGGGCCUCCAGUUAUGGAAUCAUUACAAAACGUUGGGGCCUCCACUAGUAAAAGCCAAUUUAGUUUACAAGUAAAGAAGAAUGGGAAAGAUUCAAAGACAAAAAAAGAAGUGAUAGAUGUAAGUAAGCUUCAUCAAAUGAAGAGAGAAAAAGUGUCUGCAUGGACUAUGAAGAUGUUGGUUGACACAAUAUCAAACUCAGGUCUCUCAACUUUCUCUGGUGAACUUGAAGAAAGCGCUUAUUAUGGAGAAGGAAUUGGAUCUGCAGACAAAGAGAUCACCAGUGAAAUGGAAGCCAUUGCUGCUGCUUAUCAUAUCUUUAGAAAUGUUGCUCAGCCUGGUUUUACAUACAUUGAAGAUAUUGAUCUAAGGAGAUUCAUGAUCAAGGAAGAAGUAGAUAUCGUGUUUCCAAUGAUCGAUGUGGCUGAAAAAGGUCAAAUCGAUAGGAAGACUUUAACAGAAUGGGUGGUAAAGGUUUACAAUGGGAGAAAAGCUUUAGCACAUGCAUUAGAUGACACGAAAACAGCUCUUGUUGUAGCUGCUUUUAUAUUUGGGAACACUUGCAAGACUGUUUUUGAAGCCAUUGUGUUUGUGUUCAUCAUGCAUCCGUUUGAUGUUGGGGAUCGUUGUGUUAUUGAUGGUGUUCAGAUGGUAGUUGAGGAGAUGAAUAUCUUAAAUACAGUGUUCUUGAAAUUUGAUAAUGAGAAGAUAUAUUAUCCGAAUUCGGUUUUGGCUACAAAGCCGAUUAGUAAUUUCUAUAGGAGUCCAGAUAUGGGUGAUAAGGUGGAAUUUUCUAUCGAUUUUGCAACACCAUUUGAGAAGAUUGGGUUAUUAAAAGACAAGAUAAAAAAGUAUUUGGAGAAGAACCCUCAGUUAUGGUAUGCGAAUCAUAAUUUUGUGGUGAAGGAGAUAGAAAAUGUGAACAUGAUAAAGUCUUCUUCCACAACCAGUUCAUCUGCAGCAUCAAGAAACACCCACUCCAACUGGGCCCACCAAAUAAUCAGACAUCUUCAUGAAAGGGGAUUGAGGGCAAGCUAUAUGAGGAUAUGAGACAUCAAUGGUGAUAAAAUCAGUGUUUGAUUUUUGUAGCGAUUAAACAAAACCAUUGUGCUUUGGUUAAUCGGUAGGAUGGAUUACUUCACUUAUUAUGCACAUAUAUAUGAUGAUUUGUGAAGGUGCAAAUAUUUGUUAUGAAAUUUCUAUGUACUUGAGUAAAGUGUUUUAUGAUAUUGUGUAUUUAUCCUACUGUUGGAACUUAUCAAUGUUUUUGCCUUCACUUAUAACCAAUUAAAUGUUUUGGUCUUUAAUUAUGACCAAUUAAAUGUCUUCACGAUGUUGGAGUAUCUUGAGUGUAUAAUUUUAUUUUUUAAAUG